UGCUGGGCACGUCCACUAUAAAGUACAUUUGCCAGAUGGAUUGUUUUACAGUCCAUACUCAAACUGUUAGUAUGAUAAUCUUCUCCAGAAUGCGUUUUAUUUAGAAUAUUUAAAUAACUUUAUGUUUUUGUAUGUUUUUGGCUUGAAGAGCAUAUUUCAGUAAACAUUUUCUUUGGGAACACAUUUCACAUUCAGUCAGAAAUCAUGUCUCAUAGCUGUCGCCUGCUCUGUGGUUUUUUAAUGAGCUGCAUCGGCUGGACUGGUGUUAUUAUAGCAACCUCAACAAACGACUGGGUGGUGACCUGUAAGUACGGCAUGCACACCUGCAGGAAGAUGGAUGAGCUGGAGACCAAGGGCUUGUGGACAGAGUGUGUCAUCUCUACUGCUCUCUAUCACUGCAUCUCACUCAACCAAAUCCUCGAUAUACCAGCUUACAUCCAGACGUCUCGCGCUCUGAUGGUCUCCGCCUCUCUGCUCGGGCUGCCCGCUCUGGCGCUCGUGCUGUUGGCGAUGCCCUGCGUCAAACUGAGCCAAGAGACCGAAGACACCAAACACAGACGCGCAGUCCUGGGAGGACUACUUAUACUUUUCAUAUCUCUGUGUGGGAUGGUGUCGACAGUGUGGUUCCCUAUUGGAGUGCUUCAUGAGGACGGCCUGAUGUCGUUUGGAUUCUCCCUGUAUGCUGGAUGGGUCGGUUCAGCCCUCUGUUUUUUUGGCAGCUCGAUGAUGAUUUGUUGCUCAAGGGGCCCAACUCAGAAUCCUGAAAACCACUACUACUACUCAAAACACGGUGGAGUUGCUAACUCUGGGCCUCCUAUAAACAGUCAUGCCAAGAGCGCACAUGUGUGAGAGCGGAGAUAAAGACUGGAUAAGACGAGUUUACCUCAAAAAAGCUCACACACACCAAUGAAAUAUGUGAAGAAUUUGUUUUCUACUGCCAUGGUUUGACUGCAAACAUGUGAUUUGGAGGGAACAGAGAAUUCGGUGGAAACUUGUGCUCGCAGACGUUUGACUUUGUUUGAACAGACGUUGAAAUGAAUCCAAAGGGAAACAUUUCUCUCUUCCAGUUCCUUAGGCAUGUUUUUUCAUAGACUAUUCACACAGUAUUCAUUUUGCUCCUAUAUUUUAUUUUUCAGUGACAUCAUUUUAAAACGUUCUUUACUUAAUAACUUAAGCUUAAUAAGCUUAUUCGUUCAUGCCGACAGUUAGGAAAGCAUAUACAGACAGACAGGAAACCUGUGUGGUAAAAUGACCAGAUGUCAUCUGCACUGUUUUCCUGGAGAGCGUCUCAUAGCAUCCUGUACACAACCUCCUAGGAAAUCAGCAUUUGAAAUUUGAGGAAAAAAAUAUAUAUCUGUAACAGGAAUCCGGGUCAUUUUUCAGGCUGGUCUGUGAUUGAUUUAUUGUGAUGUAUUAUUUUAUGCGCUCUUUGGGAGUUCACUUCAUAUAAUGUCCACUAUGUUAUGCAUGUUGAGUGAUAUGUUCAAAAUCGUCAUGCGGUCUCAUGAUUUAACGUGUCUGAAUGAAAACAUGAACCCACAGAUAUUCUUUUUAAAAUGCAAAUCAUUAUUGUUUUGGCUGAUGAUGACGACACAAAAAAGACAGCAUUUGUGCUUGUAAAAUAUAUUAAUUUUAAUAUUUCACUUUAAAUAUAGUUGUAUAAUUCUUCUCAAACAUAUAACCCUUGAUCUCUGUGUAUUUACAUGUGUUCUGAAUCAGACUGAUUUUACGCACAUAGCUGUAGGGAAGAAAUGUAAAUAUCCUCGUGCAAACCUAAACAAGGGUGAAACCACAAGAGUAAGACAUUUCUACAAACCAACAUAGAAAGAAUUUGAUAUCGAUGUUGCAAAAUAUUUUGAGAACUAUUAAGCUUUCACAGGGAGCCAAUCAUAAUAUUUCCCCUUGAAUUCAAGGGAGCGCUUGAGAUUUUUAGAUCCAACACAGCUGUGAAGAUGAUGCAAGGUCCACUCAAUGCAUCUUUAGGGGGUUUCUGCUCAUGUAGUAACAGCUUGCAUUGGCUUUUACAUUAAAGAGGCAUCUUGAGUUUUUUAUAUGGAGGGCAUUGGUUUAGGAUCUAAGUAACAUCUCAGAGUAAAAGAGUACUGUGCGAUUUUAAAUCCAACACUGAAACAGAAGCUCACAUCAGAAAGACAUUAUAUUUGAUUUUAGAAGAAUAACAUUAAGAAGGGAUUAUCUAAAGGCACUUAAGAAGCCUCAAUAAA